AUGUGCUACCGCCCAAGUCUAGGCGUUGCUCCACUGUGUGCAUCAGUAGCGAUCCUCCUCAGGUGGAUAACAAUGUUGGCGAGGGUGAAGGAGGGGCCGGUCAUGGUGUUAAUCGCAGAACCUCGAACAAGACAAAGAAGGCGAAAUCCAUGGCGCGGAUUAUUAGUUCCAAACCCUGGUCAGCUGAGGUCGAGACCCUCUCUCUCCACCAUAUCUUCAUCAAUCUCCAAGACCACAGUGAUGGAAGUUCUCCGUCUCGUGAAAAACCCAUCAAAUGCCCUGGAAUUCUUCAACUGGGUUCCCAAAAUGGGGUUCACCCACGACCAAGACUGUUACUUCUCGAUGCUGGAAAUCUUGGGUCGCGCUGGAAAACUCAAUGCUGCUCGUAACUUCCUCUCCUCCAUUGAGAAAAAGUCUAAGGCGCUGUGA